AUGCUGCAGGCGAUUGUAGCGAAAACGAUUAAUUUAUACCGCUUUCACAUUACCGUGAUGCUACUGAUAUUCUUCUUCAGCAAUACGGCCACAUUUUACAUGGCCUUCAUCAAUUUGCCGAAUUGGGCGACCAGGAAAGUAUUUGUCGUAUUGUCCUUCUCGCUGUUCGCCAUUAAAUCGUUUGACUGCACAAAUUUCACUUUGAAUGCGGCGCUGUCGAAAUUCAGCAUCAAUAUUUAUGGCAUGUUCGAUAUGAACCACCGAGCUACACUCGCAGUCCUACGCAACGCCGUUAUGCACGCGCUCAUAUUAAUACAAUUCGAUCACAUAGUGGAUCCAGAAAAGCGACUCGCAACUUAAAAAUGUGCGAACUUUGUAUUUAUUGUCGUUUGCAAUUUCUUAUGUGAUUGUAUCAAGGUUUUCCACCUCAAUUAUGGGUGAAUCUAGCUUGGUGGAAUGUGUCUUUCAUAUAAGCAAACCCUACAUUCAGCAGACGCAGCCGCGAAAAUCUCUGUGCCCAGAGGUUGUUCUCAAUUC